AUGGUCAAUGACGAGUAUUUGACUACCGAUGUGGUCAUCUGUGGCUGUGACCCAACUGGGGCAAUGUUGUCUGCGUAUCUCGGGCAUAUGUCCACUCCGCACAUUGUCCCCACUGAUCCGCGAGGGAUUGCGCUAGACGAGGAUGGCAUUCGGAUGCUACAGGAUAUUGGCAUCUAUGACCAGAUUUAG